CACUUGGCAUUGACUUUGGGAGGGGCCUAGGCAUGACUGGAGUUUUAUUGAAUAGAACUGUAUUGGUGUUUUGACUGCCUGUACUUCCCUUGCCGCUGCAUCGUAGCUUGUAUUCUUUGAAAGCCAGCCAGUGUUCAAGCUACAGAGGUAAGAUUUAUACCAAGGCAGAGCAGAACAUUUCCCCUUAAGCCAUGGAUAUGGAUGAGUUUGAACGCCGUAGGGAGGAACGCAGGAAAAAGCGCGAGGAAAUGCGCAGAGAAGUGGAAAGAAUGACCAGUCAGCGGACAGAUGAUGAUGAAGAAGAGCUCGCUAAAGAGCGUCGUCGCAAAGCUCGCCAGGAGCGGCUGCGGGAGUCUGCACUCAAUCAGGACACCCUGGAAUUCAACUCGCAGCACAGUGCAAUAGAAGAAGAGACCAAAGUUCCCAGAGCUCAGAACAUAAUGGAUGAUGAUGAUGAGAUGGCAGAGAGGUUGCAGAAGCGAGAAGAGCGACGUCAGAAACGUCUUCAAGAGGCAAUGGAGCGCCAAUCUGAAUAUGACCCGACAAUUAGAGAAUCUAGAGACAUUUUGAAAGAAAACCGAAGAAAUGAGAGAGAAGAGGAGGAGGAGGAGGUGACCAGCCAGCGAAAUGAGUGGCGGCAAGAGCCGGAACCGGAACCUGAACAUGAGCCGGAGCCGGAGCUGGAGCCCGAACCGGAGCCCGAACCAGAGCUGGAGCCGGAGCCAGAGCCCGAACCCGAACCGGAGCCGGAACCAGAGCCGGAACCAGAGCCAGAACUGGAGCCCGAGCCGGAGCCGGAACCAAAAGUGGAGAAGAAGGAGAUAGUAGAAGAAAGAUUUGAAAAGCCAUACCAAAUGGAAAAGAAAAGCCAGGUAUGGAAGGAAGAAAUUGUUGAGCGCACUGAGAAGAAAAUAUCAAAAGCCAGCUCUGAGAACGGAGAGGCACUCCAUGAAGAGAUUACACAGAAAUAUAAAAAGAUGGAAAAAGUGUCGAGCCACGCAGAGUCCAAGUCGGCCCAAGAGGCAGAAGAGGCUGCAGCCAAGCUGGAGGCCGAGAAAAAGCUGGAAGAACUGAAGCGACGUCAGGACGAGAAGGAGAGUGAGGAGUUUGAGAAGAUGAAGCAGAAGCAGCAGGAGGCUGCAGUCGAGCUGGAGGAGCUGAAGAAGAAACGAGAAGGGCGCAGGAAGGUACGAGAAGAGGAGGAGCAGAAACGGCAACAGGACGAGGCUGAGAGAAAGGCAAGGGAAGAGGAGGAGAAGAGAAAGCUGAGGGAAGAGAUUGAGAGACGAAGGGCCGAGGCAGCAGAGAAACGCCAGAAGCCAGAAGAUGCCGAGGCAGCCAAUGAUAAUGAACCAUUCAAAUGUGUGAGCCCUCGUGGUUCCGCUCUAAAAAUUGGCGAAAGGGCAGACUUCUUGAAUAAAUCAGCAAAAAAGAGCACAACCACCAAGGUUGCACGCCCUCUACUGGGUGUCUCCAAGAUUGACAGUAAAUUGGAGCAGUACACCAGUGCAAUUGAGGUCGCCAAGUCAACCAAGGGAGGCAAGACUUCAGCCUCAGAUCUCCCACUGACAGCUGAAGGGGUGCGGAACAUAAAGAGCAUGUGGGAAACUGGUGAUGUCUAUAGUUCUACUUCCCCAACUAAUAAGGGUACACCCAACAAGGAAGUAGCGGGUCUGAAAGUUGGCGUUGCCGGUCGCAUCAACCAGUGGCUCACCAAAACUCCUGAAACAAACAAAUCACCUGCAUCCAAACCCUCAGAUGUGAAGCCAGGAGAUGUAUCAAGCAAGCGCAACCUAUGGGAGAAUAAAACUGAUUCUUCCAAUGGAAAAUCAGCCACCCCUUCUAAGGUCAUCGUUGGAUAGAAGAUAUAUAUCUAUGUUCAUGCCCAUUCCAACUUUGUCUAAGAUGUAAACUGUUCCAUCCCUGGAAUGGCUGUACAAAACAAAAAUGUCCACCAGGGAGCUAUUUAAAUAUUAUUAGUGAUUAUCCAAAAACUAUACUGAAAUUUUUGAUCCUAAUCCUGUAACUUAUCAAAAUGAAGAAAAGUUCUGAUAGGUAUUUUGUGUUAAGAUUAAUAAGGAAGAAAGUUUAGAGCAAGAGUGAAAUUGAUAUCAGAACGGAUCUUCAAACGUUAAAAAUUCACUCACCAACACUAGAGUCAAAAUCAGAUCUUGAACCCCAGAUGUCAGUCAGACAAGCUGGAUUGAAAAUCUCUUGAAUGUGACUGCUUUGUAUUGGUGACUGUUGACAUUUUACAACCAGCCCAAUUCUUCAAAGCCGUUCACCCACCUGCUGAACCAUCAUUUUGCCAAGUACAUUAUACCAGGGAAUAAAGUAAAUAUUUCAAGGCAGUCAUAUAACUUUUUUUCCCAUCUAUUUAAUCAUCAAAAUUUCAAGCAUUAAUAUCCCUGCUCCAGGGAUAGGGGAGAGGACAGAAUUGAUGGAAAGGGGUGAGGAAUAUGAAUUGGUGGCAGGGGUGGGGUAGGUGAGAGAAAAUGAUUUGCAAAGGGGCAAAGGGACAAAAUAAGUAAGGGAAACUGUAUUACCAAGGGAGAGGAGGGGGAAAUGAUUGGCUUGGGAGGUACCAGAAAGAGGGAAAUAGAUGGGAUUGUAGGGUUUAUUGCCAUGCGUGGAAGUGCUUGGCAGUGAAGGGGGAAAUAGAUCAAAACAAAAUCAAGGGGACAUAGGGAAGUGAACCAAAUGAUAUGAAUGCACAACAGAACAGGAAAGAUCAAACUGAGGCAAAGGUAUUGUUGGGUAAAAGUUAAAGGGGACAAUAAGUGAUAAUGCAGGAGCGAAAGAAGGAGGAAGAUGCUGGGAGAACCUUAGAGUGGACAGAUUGCUGAAGAGAUACUUCACUGGGGAGAAGGUCUUUGAGGCUUUCCUGAAUUAGCAUAUAGUAUAUGGAUUUAAAUCCCAUCAUGAUCAGGUAAGGGUUGAUAACAUGAAAAAGUAGCAUUAAAGCAGCUAAAUUUUACUUAAAAUCCCGAUGGAUUCCAGAAAGAUUGAUUCAGAAGGAUUUUAAGGAAUUCAGACAAAUUUCAAAAUUAUCUAAAGUAUAUUAGAAUAAUAGUAUUGACUAUGUAUUUGGUGACAAAUUUAGCUGCAUUAAUCCUCCAGGUGAAGAAUAUAUCCCCAUUCUCAGUCCAUCCAGUACACAAAGAUACUUUGAACAGAAAAUGAAUGUUCCUACCCAACAUCAUCUUGAAGGAACCCUUCUAGGAAACAAACCUAUUUGUUUCCCUCUAUACGACAUUGCAAAGGUACUGAGAGAUUUGCACACAGAAAGGUCAUGAGAAUGUCGCUAAAAACAUGACACACUAACACUGACAACACCUCACCCCAGUCUUACACCUGGCAAUGUGCAAAUUGCUUAGGUACAUCUUGUCCACCAGCCAAUUACUAGUUUGUCAGUCAUCAGCAAAGUAGUGAGAAGAUCAAUCAAUAGUUACCCUCAGUAGCAUCUACUCAACUUUAAUAUUCACUGAUGCUAAAUGCUGAAGGAAAAGUUACUGCUCUUGACAUUAAGACAACAUUGAAUCUGUAGCAAAACCCUUUGAUAAUUACUGGUGUCUUAAACACACAGGAAAAUGCCCUGAUUGACUGCAAGCUAAUUAACACAAUGCCUUAAUACCUCUGUGAAAAAGUUUCCUAGAACUAUGCCCCUAAUCCAACAAUGUUCAGCUGGUUUUAAUAAAAAAAAUUCUAUUAGUCAUUUUUGAGCACAGUUAGCUUGGAUUUAAUUUUUACAAUCAUAAAGCACUGUCAACCUAGAACAUGGCCAAAGUCAAUGUGAGUACAAAAUGUUAGCCCACUACUGAAGUACAGAGCAUCUCCCAGAAGAAAAUGUAGGAGUAUCUUCCCUAAACUUUAACCCCACUGGAACCAAAGUUAAGGCUAACAAUAUUUUGGGAAUCAGCAAUGCCCAAAGAAUUUAACUCAACUUGCCAGGUCUCUAUUGUGACUAUGAAGACAAAGCUCAAGCAGGUUAUUCUGCAAUGAAUGUCUCAUCUCUUGACACUCUCAAACUUUUGCAAAACUGAGUAUAGGCUACUCAUAAUCUAUCAAAUACUGGAUGGAAAAUUGUGAAUAAAUUGUUCCAUCCUGAAAGAUGAGCUGGCAAAAACCCCUUCAAGCUUCAGUGCCCCAAGCAGAUAAAAUUAUUGCAACUCAAUGCUUCUCCUAAAGACUAAUUGAGAGCCAACUCUGUGAACUCAGUAGGAAGUGAGUUAGUGUACGAUAUUAAACAGAGCAAUGAGUUGGUUUAAUAAGAGAGAUGAUAUGGGUAAUCUUUGGGGAAGUGAAGCUCUUGAGAGUUUGCAAGCAACAGGCUCUUCCAUCUUUUUUUAAAAAGAGGAAUUAAAAUCAUAUUCAUUGCUAAGUUUAAAAAGUGCUUGUAAUAAACAGUAGAAUAGAUUGUUUAAAUGUGCAAGUUCAAUCAUUCUCAAUAGAACAUAUCACCUGACUAAUUUUCUAUCCUAAGGUCUAGAUUCCCUUUGUAGGUUCUGAAUGCUCAGCUCUUUCUCUCCAUUCCAAGCAAGUAAAGGAACCUUGUAUGCAAUUUCCGAUCAGACUAACAUUAGGACAUCUACUGAAUUGACAACUCUUCUGGGAUUUAAUCUAUUUUAUUAAAUCUAUAAAUUUUCAAUUAAACCUAACAUGAAUCUCAAGGUAGUAUAUGGUGAUAUAUAUGCACUUUGAUAAUAAAUUUACUUUGACUUUGAAAUCUAAACUACAUUUGGAAAAGAUACUUAGCAGAUCUGACACAGAAGAUAUGUAAUCUGAAAACGGAUUGAAGGCAGCACUGCAGGACAGGGGAAGAUGGGCACAAAAUGGUAUAACUUAAACACUAGGAUAAAAGAUAACUGUUGCCUUUUGUCACACCUAGAUUACAGCCGGAAGUAAGCUCAAGUCCGCAGAGGGUCACUGCAGUUAGACCAAUGCAGGGACGGCACAUUAUGCAAAGCAACCUUAGAGAAAUAUUCACAGAAUACUGGCCCAUGUAGAUCUGAGAUGCCUUGACGAACUUUUUAUAUUUAUAUAAACACAAGAGAUUCCCACAGAUGCUGGAAACCCAAAGCAACACCCACACAACACGCUGGAGAAGAUCAGCAGGAUUUACGUAGUAUUUUAUUAGCAAAUAGUUUCUCAUUGUCCCAACCAAAGCCAUUUGUAAUAUCACAGCGUUACAAAUCUGUACCUGCAAUUGAAGUCAUUGGUAUAUUGCCUUUAUACAGAUCAAAGUCACGGUUAUUGAAAAACAAAAUAUGCUGUGACAUUUGAACAUUUAGAAGAUUGAUUAUACAUAUUUUAAAACAAAAUUAAUUUAAAAACAAAAUAAGAUUUUUUCAUGAAUUCUUAGAUGAGUUAAAUAAUAAAACCAGUAUGAUUUGUAAUCAGACUUUCUCCUCAAUUUUGAGUGCUCUGCCUAAUGUCAUUUUUUUUCAUUUUUGUUAAAUAUGUUUUAAUAGGUUUAAAAUUGAUUUGUAAUAGUGGUACUGAUUAUGGAUUGGUUCAUUUUGCUCUGAAUGGAGGAACAUAGAGCAAAGGUGAUUCAUUACAGAUAACAAUCACAACUUCUAGCUUUGUAGUGUAACAAAAAUAGAAUGCUUUUUAACUAGCUUAAAAUGCUAGAUCAUAUAUUCAGCAAUAAACCAAAUAGCAGCCUACAUCAUAGUGUAUUUGAAAAGUUCACACUUUCUCCUGAAAUUUUGUUCCGUCAUCAGGCCUUAGAUGUUCAAAGUGAAUUCUGAAGCAAACAAAAGAUAUAGAAUCUGCCUCAAAAUUAUAAAAAAAAGUAUCAUUAUAUUUUAAGGGAUGAAUGUGCGUGCGUGUGUGUGUGUGUGUAUGCAUCGAUGUGUGUGUCUGCAAGGAGAUUGGAAUACGGACAUGGUAUUAAGAGAUUAAAAAAAGGGGUUAUGAGUUCUCAGAAACACUGAAUUUCCACUAUGCAUGUCACAGGAGUUGUACCACAUACAUUUUGAUACACUUUUAUUUAUAUCUUAAGCUGUAUAUGUGACAAUACACAAGAGUAUAAAGGUCUUGGUCUGGAAAGAAUUUGGAAUUUAUAAUACAUGGAACAGUUUAAUGUUGAGACUGAAUAGGAAAACAGGCUUACAUCACUCUUGUAUUUAGUCAUCUCUACGUAAAGUCAAAUAAAGGUGAAAGGACAACCCAAAGAUGUGCUACAACUGCUACGCUAUGUAUCAUUUUGUUUUUUUUUUGGUUUACAUAUAACAUGAAAUGCAAAUGCACUCAAUUAUUGUAUAGGUCUGAAAAUAAAACUAUGCAACUUUUA